AGAAAAAUAGCGGAAGUCCCGCCCAGCCAGGGUGGAACUUCCGGUUCCGACUGCUUGGGGCUUGUGCUGACGGAGCGGAUCCCGCAGUGCCGGUAUGGUGCUACUGGAGAGUGAGCAGUUCCUGACGGAGCUGACGAGGCUCUUCCAGAAGUGCCGGUUGUCGGGCAGCGUCUUCAUCACCCUGAAGAAAUAUGAUGGUCGAACUAAACCCAUUCCAAGGAAAGGUUCUGUGGAGGGAUUUGAGCCCGCGGACAACAAGUGUCUAUUAAGAGCUACUGAUGGGAAAAAGAAGAUCAGCACUGUGGUGAGCUCCAAAGAAGUGAAUAAGUUUCAGAUGGCUUAUUCGAACCUGUUGAGAGCUAACAUGGAUGGGUUGAAGAAGAGGGACAAAAAGAGCAAGAGUAAGAAGAGCAAAGCAGCACAGUAAAGGGCAUCAGAUUUCCCGCCUUCACCAACUAACCACUGAGUUGCUGUUUUUCAUUUGGUUUUUACUUUUGGCUACAAAGCUGGGUUUUUGAUUCCCGUACAAUAACUGUUUUCAUGUGAGAUUGGGGUCACUUUUGGAUGGAAGAAAGGCUGCAUUGUUUACAGGGUAGUUUAUUUUAGAAGCCAAUUUAUUUUAGAUCUGGCUAAGUGGUCUGUGUUGUAUGUUUGUUUAUUCCUGGAUUAUAGUUUAGAGUCUCUGUAGCCUUCUGUGAAGAGCACUGUACCAUUAAACCUGUAUUUAUCAUCA